AUGCUUAAGGUCUAUCAUAAUCGUGUUUCUUUGUUCUGUACAUUCUUGGAAAUGGAUGGGUUAAUUUCUUCUUCUUCUUCUUCUUCUUCUUCUUCUUCUUCUUCUUCUUCUUCUUCUUCUUCUUCGUUAUCUUUUUCUGCAUCUUCUUUUUCUCCUUCCCUAUCUCUUUUAUUUUUCUUCUUUUUCUUCUUUCCUAGCUUUUCAUUUCUUCUUCUUUUCUAUUUCUUUUAUUUCUUCUUUUCGUCUUACUUGAUAUCAAAUGACAGCAAAUCUUACUUUUUCUCGUUUGUUUUUCUUGAUAUUCUCUCUAUAUAUUUCUCUCUCUCUCUAUUUUUCUCUCUCUUCUCUCUCUCUCUCUCUCUCUCUCUCUCUCUCUCUCUCUCUCUCUCUCUCUCGGCACGUAGAUUUUGUAAAUUGAGUGCCGCAUUUAAUCCUCUGCCACCUUCUUUUCUCAUUGCAUAA